AUGGCGUACUCUAGAAUCGCGAACUGGCGGACCAACAUCCUGUUGGUAUCACUUCCAGUCAAUGGAUAUUAUCCACCCCUGAUAUACGCGGCGCCCUCUAGCACACUAGCUAGUGAGAAGCCUGUAUUCACUAUGCCAGACAACGCGGAUCGAGGGGCCUUAUUACUUCCAAAUAUCAAAGAUCCCAAAUCAAUGAAUGCGCAGCAUGUGUGUCCAGGAUAUCUUGCGUCCGAUGUCACCGAAACAACGCAUGAUGUGAACAAGUUGAAUCUUACGGUCGAGUAUCAAUCCAAAGACAGGCUAAACGUCAAUAUCGUACCGGCCCAUAUAUCCCGCUCCAAUCAAUUACAUUAUAUCCUCCCCGAUCAUGUGGUUCCAAGGCCAAAGCCCAGCGAACCGUCGUAUGCUCAUAGCGGCGAGAUAGAUCUCAACUUCAGCUGGUCGAACGAACCCAGUUUUUCAUUCAAAGUGACCCUCAGGAGCACAGGGGACGUGCUUUUUGAAACCACGGGAACGGUGUUGGUGUUUGAGAAUCAAUUAGUCGAGUUUGUCAGUUGGCUGCCUCCUGAUUAUAACCUUUAUGGGCUAGGGGAACGCAUCCAUAGGUUGCGGCUUGGAAACAAUUUCACAGCUACCAUCUAUGCAGCGGAUGUAGGGGACCCGAUCGAUACCAAUCUUUACGGCUCCCAUCCUUUCUAUCUCGACACUCGAUAUUUCGAAGUUCCAAAGGAUGAUAAGCUAAUCCCUGCUACGGACAAUGAGCAUGAUCCUUCACGGACUAUUGAUCUGUACUUCUAUUCGGGCCCAUCUCAACCUGAAGUGACAAGAAGUUUUCAAUUCAGUAUGAUUGGGCUCCCACCAUUACAGCAAUAUUAUACUUUCGGAUUUCAUCAGUACCGUUGGGGCUACAAAAGUUGGACGGAGCUAGAAGACGUGGUGUCCAACUUUGAGAAGUUGAAAUUCCGCUCGAAACCAUUUGGCUAUCGCGAUUUCGAGUUUGACCCUAACAAUUAUCCCAUCCCAGAAGGGCAGAAAUUCGUCUCCACCCUUCACCAAAAAGACUUGCACUGGAUUCCGAUGGUGGAUGCAGCAUCUACAUCCCUAACCCUGAAACCCCCGCCGAUGCAUAUAUUUCUCCGAAACCCGGAUGGCAGCGUUUACAUUGGCGCGGUAUGGCCGGGAUAUACCGUGUUCCCUGGUUUUUCCGCUUCAGGUUCCCGAGAAUGGUGGUCAACUGAGCUAAAAGAAUUUUUCAAUAAAGUUCCAUAUGACGGGAUCUGGAUUGAUAUGAAUGAAGUCUCUUCCUUCUGCGUUGGUAGCUGUGGUUCGGGAAACCUUACUCUCAACCCAGUCCAUCCGCCUUUCCAACUACCGGGAGAACGUGGCAAUGUGAUUUAUGAUUAUCCCGAGGGCUUCAAUAUUACCAACGCAACCGAAGCCGCGUCCGCGUCUUCUGCUUCCCUAGAACAAGCUUCCAAAACUGGUGAUCUAGCAGUUCAUGCAGUAUCACCAAAUGCCACAAGUGCCGACGGAACCCUCGAAUAUGAUAUCCACAACCUGUUCGGACAUCAACUUCUGAGCGCGACUUAUCAUGGUCUCUUGGAGGUCUUUCCAAACAGGCGACCUUUUAUUAUCGGCCGAUCUACAUUCUCGGGAAGCGGGAAAUGGGCUGGCCACUGGGGGGGCGACAACCAGUCCCGGUGGGCUUAUAUGUUCUUUUCCAUCCCUCAAGGCUUGUCAUUCUCCCUCUUCGGCAUCCCGAUGUUUGGCGUCGAUACGUAUGGGUUCAACGGCAACAGUGACGAGGAGCUGUGCAACCGAUAG